AUGUGGGGCGGCGACCGGGAGGCGGUAGCUGGUAAGAUUGAUGGGUCAUUGACAGCAGGUGAGGUGGUAGCGGGUAAGAUUGAUGGGUCAUUGACAGCAGGUGAGGUGGUAGCGGGUAAGAUUGAUGGGUCAUUGACAGCAGGUGAGGCGGUAGCGGGUAAGAUUGAUGGGUCAUUGACAGCAGGUGAGGUGGUAGCGGAAAAGAUUGAUGGGUCAUUGACAGCAGGUGAGGCGGUAGCGGGUAAGAUUGAUGGGUCAUUGACAGCAGGUGAGGCGGUAGCGGGUAAGGUUGAUGGAUUAGUGCCAGCAGAAGACACUAAAUUCAGGGAUGCCAUACCAGUACGCGAGAAGUUAGCAGUGACUUUAAGGUUUUUAGCAAGUGGGGAUUCUUACCAGAGUUUGAGUUAUCUUUGUAAAAUAUCCAAGUCCGCCAUCUCACUCUUGAUUCCUGAAGUGUGUGAAGCUUUGAUUGAUUUGUUCAAGGACUGCAUCAAAGUACCGACUUCAGAACAUGAAUGGCUCGCAGUUGCUCAGCAGUAUAACAGCAAGUGGAACUUCCCCCAUUGUCUGGGAAGCAUGGAUGGAAAGCAUGUUACAUUGCAAGCGCCUGUUCAUAGUGGUAGUGAUUUUUUUAAUUACAAAGGAUCAUUUAGUAUCGUACUUUUCGCGAUUGUUGAUGCCGACUACUGUUUCUUAUACGUAACCGUUGGAUGCCAAGGACGACUAUCAGAUGGCGGUGUAUUCGAGCAUACGCAGUUCAAAGAGAUGAUGACAAACUGUCAGCUGAACACUCCUAAGGCAAAAUGUUUGCCCGGAAGUACGUACCCUUUUCCACACGUGCUUCUAGCAGAUGACGCUUUCCCCCUUAAAUCUUGGAUAAUGAAGCCUUUUCCAGGGACUCACCCAAAGGGCAGUGCUGAAAGGAUUUUUAAUUACCGCCUUUCGCGUGGUAGAAGAGUGGUAGAAAACGCUUUCGGUAUAUUAUCGGUGGUGUUCCGGGUUUUGAGAAAGCCCAUGUUGUUGGAGCCGAAAAAGGCUGAACAAGUGGUUCUCGCGUGUACAUAUCUCCACAAUUUUCUAAGAAGAAGUAAAACCUCCAGUACAACAUACACACCACCUGGUACCUUUGACUUGGAAAAUGAGAAAACGUAUGAACUGAUACCGGGUCAGUGGAGGGUAGAGGGUUCACCGUCUGGUACAUUGUUCAAGUUACGCCGUCUGCCAAGGAAACCCUCAGACUUAGCCAAACAGGUCCGUGUGAAGUUGAGUGAAUACUUUCUAACCAACGAAGGAUCAGUUCCAUGGCAAAACAAUGUGUGA